AUGGAUAUGAAUAGCGAUAAGGGUAAGAGUGAGGAAGACGAGAUUAAGAGAUAUCUUAAGAGUGCACUCGUAACUACGGUACGCGAUAUUCUCUUUAUCCUAGCAACCGGUAUAGGUAUAGAGCGUCUCUUUAACUCUACACGGGAUAUCUAUCACUAUCGUCGUGGAUCACUGAAGCCGAUAAGUAUUUAG